AUGGACCUCGACGGCGCCCCACUCUGCAGGGUCUGCCGCUCCGACGACCCCGCCCUCGGCCCGCUCUUCCAUCCCUGCCGAUGCACGGGCUCGAUCGCCCAUGUCCACCAGGACUGCCUCUCCACCUGGCUGAGCCACUCCAAGAAGUCCUCCUGCGAGCUGUGCGGCCACCUCUUCAGCUUCGAGAAGGUCUACAAGCCCGGCUCGCCUGCCCGGCCCCCGCUCACCACCAUCACCAUCCAGGCCCUCAUGGAAAUCACACGCUUCGUACUCCUCCUCGCCCGCGCUCUCCUCGUCGGCCUCUGCUGGCUCGCCGUCGUUCCCUGGACCGUCGUCUGGGUCUCAUCCGCUUACUGGAAGGCCGCCGAUUGGUUUGCGUUCGGCCUAACAUCUAACAUCGAUCAAUUAUCCAGCUCCUCCAACAGCUCGUCCAAACCCUCAUCAUCCAUCAACAACUCAUCUUCCUCACCAACUACCCCCCAUCUCAAGCCAUCAAGCCCUAAUUCCACCUGGAUAACCCACCUCGUCCCGUCGCUAGAGCUAGACCCGAACUCGAUCGCCCUGGACAUCUUCCAAGGCCAACUGAUCACCUGCGCGAUCAUCCUCAGCUUUGUCGUCAUCUUCCUCCUCCGAGAAUGGAUCCUCCAAAACACCCCUCCGCCCGACCUGGUCCGACUCGCUGAAGACGAAGAACUCAUCCACCACGGCCAACCGCUACUCGAUCCGCCUGCUGCUGCACCUGCGCCCGCGGAACCACCAGUCGAGCAGCCCGGAGAGACCGCUGAUCAGCAGCUUCCUCUAGACGAAAGCCUCGACCAGCCCACUAGCACUGAUCAUCUUCCUCCAGACGAAAGCCCCGAGCCGAGCAAAACGCCCGACUUAGACCAGUCCGUCAACCUGACUCCCCUACCUCCGCCCAGUCAGGCCGCGUAUCCGGCCAGCAAACCUCUCGCUCCGGAACACUUUUGGGGCCAAGCCGAUCAGAAGACCGCUUUCCACGAAGAGCAGCAGCUGGCGGCCACCCCAGGGCUGCUCGAGCUAGCCGACCCGGGGCUAGGCAUGCCCUUCUACAAGCCGCACGACCCGAUCGACUCGGACAUCUUCUGCCACCGCAUCCUCGUUACCUCUGCCUACCUGCUCCUGCUCGCCGAUCCCGAUGACGCUCCUUCCCUGGCCACGCCCUCCACGUCUUCGCCCCCCUUCGGCGCCCCUGAUCCUAGCCAAAAGCGGCUCAUAAACGCCUGGACCAGACUUGCCGCGGCCACCAUCCUGCAUCCCUCGACCCACAUCCCCGAGCCGAUUCUGCAGCUCCGAGCGCACCUCUCAUGCGACGACCAUCCCGAGCCCGCGCCCACCCACCUCCAAGAGAUCGAAUUCAACUGGACCCGCGCUCUGCUCAACGACCCCAAGAUCUGCAGACACAUCCAGCACCUCUUCAACCCCCGCUGCACCCCCAACACCCGGCCCGAGCGCUCGCAGGACGAAGUCCGGACCGCCGGGCUGGUCUACAGCCUGCUCUCGAUCUACUCCGCCAUCGACAGUCUCAGCAUGAUCCACGAGAGCACAGACGAGGAGGAAGAAGAGGAAGAGGACGAGGGGUCAGAGACCGGAUACCGACGUAUCGCCGACCUCAUCCGCCUCUUCGUCCUCCCCUUACUAGACGUCCCUCAUCCCGAACGACAAAGUGUCCGACUGGGCCGUCUCGAGGCUCACAUCCACCGUCUCAUCCGCUCCCACGACCCCAGUGACCCUGCGGGACAUCCUUCCAUCGCCGAGCUCAAACACGAUGUCCUUGAGGUCCUCGUCGACCAGCACGUGCUUGCUGCGCUAUGUAAUAGUGCUACGUUUCGUAGAUAUAGUCGCGGAAUGGCGGCGGACGACAACCUGUUCACAAACUGGCGACUGAAAUCCACCCGCCCGUUUUCGCAGCGGGUUCUGGACUCACAGCGGGUGCUGAAUCCGGAGAACGACCUGAGCGCAAUCACGCUCCAACUGAUCAAUUGCAAAGCGCCCAUCAUGCCCCGGUUGGAGUCCAGCACGCCGGAUGAAGGUGUGGCGUGGAUCGACCGGGCGACGCUCGAUCACAAGAUGUUGGUCACCUCUGCGUACUUGCUCCUGUCUGCCAACGUCGCCGCCGAUACGGCUUACCCGGCCCUGCAAAGCCCGGCGCUGCUCGAUGCACUGGCAUCUCCAAGCGUGAACCCGCCUGGGGAGAUCGCCCUCUUACAGGCCUGGCUCAAGCUGGCCAAAAGCUGCACCACAGCGCCCCCGGAAGACCUGCUCCAGCGGUUCAAGACUUUCACGCUGCGGUCCGCGCCAGCAGCGGGCGACGACCGGGUGCACAGCUUCCAACGGUUGGAGACGGAGUGGCUGGCACGGCUGCUCAUCGACCCCACGCUUGCCCGGUUCGUCGUCCUGGUCCUCGCCCAGCCCACCAUCGAGGACGAACGGGAGACGGGCCGACAGGACUUCCAUACGGCCCGCUUCUUCCUCCUCAAACUGCUCUACGUCCACACCGCUCUCGACACCCUGGUCCCCCGCGCCGAGAGCACACAGGCAGGCACGAUAUACAAACUUGCGUCCGACGUCCUGGCCCAGCAUCUCGACCGUUUAAAUAGCGAGCCGCCAGAAACAGUGAUGCCGGUCCAAGAGAUCGUCCGCCAGACCCGCUUCCUCUUGGACGCCUGUCCCCCCGCUCUGCCCACCCCCUCCUCCUCCGACGCUGGCUCCGGCAGCGGCGACAAAACAGACCACAACACGGUCUGGGCCGAGAUCCUGGUUGCGCGGAUGAAGCGAGGCAUUGUUGCCAUCCUUGCGCGCCAGAACGUUUUGGGCAUGGUCGUCACCGACCGCCGGUUUGGGACGUAUGCCCGUGCCAUGCUGUCUGAGCCCGAUCUCUUCGCCCGAGUCUCCACGCUUCCGGGUCUUGACCAGCCCGACGACGAGGAGCUGGAGGUGCUCGGCUGCGACCGGGCCGACAAGGGCAAAGAGAAGGCCCCAGACCUGCCCGCUGAACCCGCCCCGGAAGAGUCCCUGGUGAAGUCCGAGCUCUCCUCCCAUGUCGAUCCCUUCGAGUGGCUCGAAGAUAAGCCAUUGUCUUCUAGUCGGGCCUCCAGCACUCAUCCUGAUGGCAACAAAGAUCUCGUCGCUGGUGAUCCGGAGGACGACGUUGGCCCUUCUUUAACCGCCCACCUCGCCUCGACUCGAUCAGUGUCUCCUGUGGAAAACAUCGCAUUGGCCGGCGACGGGCCAUCAUCAUCGAAUCAGGUAAGGAUCGGGACUCCGGCUCCUGGAAGGCAGCCGCUCAUCGCCCAUCCGCCCGCGCCCGUGGGGGAAGAAAAUGGCGAGAUGGACCGGGGGCGACUACAAGUAGCAGAACGUGCCGUUGCGGGUCGGUUGCCAGGGCUUGGACCGGGCCCCGGGCUGGCGGACGGGUUUGUGUUCGACGGCGCCGGCGCCGGCGGCGCGAACGCUGCCGACGACGAGCUCUUGGCCGAAGACAUCGACGGCAUCCUCGAGCUCAUCGGGAUGAAAGGCAGUCUCCUCAUGCUUGCCCAGAACGUCGGCCUCAUGACUAUGCUCCUCUCCCUCUCCCUCCUCGCUUUCGUCCAUCUCCCACAUAUGAUUGGAAAGAUCGCUGUCUUGUCCAAAGCGCAUCGGUUGCUGGCUCCGCCCUUCAAAGGAUUGUUGAUCCUCCAGCGCUAUGUCCAUCGGUUGUUGGACUAUUUGUCGGAUUAUGUCAAGCUCCACUUGCUCCGAAAUUACGAACCCCCUGCACAGCUCCAGCAACUUUGGACCUUCGCCGGCUCGCCAAAAAAGUCGUUUUCAGGGCUCUCCCAAUUACUUAAUCGAUGGCCCUUCACCGAACUCGUCGGGUUAAGCAAGACGUUGGCUGAUCAGGCGCGGCCGUUUCUCCCAGAUUCCUCCUCGUUGAAUGCCGUCUGGCAUGUGAUUGUCGAGCGGGUUGAGGAGCGACUGAAUGGGAUCGCGUAUGGCUCGAAGCCAGUCGACCGGGCGCUUGCCGUCUUACUUGGCUACUUCGAGCUGGCCUUGAUGAGCUUGUUCUACCUCUCCUCCGGCCUCGACCAACAGCGGGCGCGGUUUGUGAGCGAGACGAUCGUGAACGGGAUGCAGCAACAACUGCUGAUUGCCAAAGUGGGCAUCUUCAUCUUUGUCGAGCUCGUCAUCUUCCCCUUCCUCUGCGGCCUCCUCCUCAACUUCACCACCAUCCCCAUCUUCGCCAAUGCCACGCUCACCACCCGGCUCGAGCUCUACAGCUCCUCGCCUUACUCGGCUAUCCUCAUCACCUGGCUCGUCGGCACUUGCUUCAUGUUCAGCUUCGCCAUCCUCGUCAGCACCUGUCGCGAAUCUCUCCGUGCCGGCGUCUGUUGGUGGAUUCGAGACCCGUCGGAUGAUCGGUUCAAUCCGAUCAGGGAAAUCCUCGAGCGCUCGGCUUGGAGCCAAGUCAAGAAGAUCACCGCCUCAGCCAUCAUGUAUGGUGCCGUGGUCGUCUUCGGACUGGGCUCAAUCGUCUUCAAUCUCGUCUUCUUCACCGGCACCCUUCCCUUGCGCAUCCAUGCCGAUCGACCCAUCUCUAGCUCGGCCUUGGAUCUCGUGAUCUACCAGACUUUUCUGCCCUUCUUCUUGGAAUGCUUCCAGCCUCGUACACGGCUGAAGGAGUGUCUGCAAGCCGUCAGUCGCUACAUGGCCCGCCAACUCCGGCUGACUUGUUUUCUGUAUGGCGAGCGACGGAUCGCCGAGGAGACGACGCUCGAGGUGGUUGAGUUUGGCGCCGAUGGCCAGAUCCGGCCGGUUGAACGGCGGGCGCGAUUAUCGCGGCUGCUGUUCUUCAAAUCGGGCGCCUGCCGCCCAUCAGGGAAGAACAACGAAUAUCGGGGGCAGUCUCGGCGGCUGUCGAAGAGCACCUUGAGUCGCCGACGGAAGUGGGCGGGGGGCUCGUUUGCGCGGGUGCCAGCGUCGGACGCGGUGAAAGUAGUCCCGGGCCGGAAGAUGCACAUCCCGGUGCAUGUGGACGGGACGCCGAUCGACCCGGCAGACCAGGCGAUCAUCGAGCAGCAGCAAGCCGAGGCGCGCGAGGAUGGCGGGGUGGCGGGCGGAGAGCAGUACACGAUCGUAUAUCUGCCCCCGCACUUCCAGGCCCGGAUGGUCGUGUACGUGGUCUUCAUGUGGGCUGCCGCCGUCCAUCUGGGCUGGCUCGCCAUCGGCCUCCCUCUGCUCUUCGGCCGCCUCCUCCUCGACCGCGUCUUUCUCGCCGACCAGCCGGAGCCGCACGACGUCUACGCCUAUGCCCUCGGCGUCCUCUGCUCGGCCCUCGUCCUGCUACUCGGCGCCAAGGGCUGGGCGGCCUAUGCGAGUCUCUUCUCGCCGCCUAUUGGCGGCGGGGAGUCGGAUGAAUGGGGCGCGAUGAAGCCGGGGGAUCUUUCGGACGACGAGGACUCCGAGGAUGAGGCGGGCUCUGAGUCCGGGGCCUCGGACACGGGGCCCGCAAGAAGAUCGGUGUGGACGCGGCUGGGCCCGCUGCUGGCCACGGCCGGCCACAGCCUGCUGCUGCUCGGGGCCGGCGGGCUCGGGCUGCCGGUGCUGGCCGCCGUGGUGGUCGACCUGUACGUGCUCGGCUCUUUCAAGCGUUUCUCGCCCGGCCUGCCCGUGCUCGUCCUGCUCGAGGCGUGGACGUACGGCUGCAUCUACCUGGCCAUCGCCGCCCGGCUGCUUCAUCUGGUCGCACCCACCCAUCCGCUCGCCCUAGCUCUGGACCAGGUCCUCAUUCGGUGGCGCGCCGGCGACCUUGCUCGCACCGUCCGCGAGAUCAACACCGGCCUGGUGGUGCCCGUCGGCUGCCGACUCAUACUAUCGCUCCUGUUGCCCUUCCUUCUAAUCCACCCCCUCGUCCACUUCCUCCUGCGCGAAGGAGAGAUACUCAGAGCAGUCCAACUAGCCCUCCCUCAACCCGGCCCGGACAUCGUCGAUCUCUGUGCCCGCUUACAUGCACGCAUCUAUCCCCUCAUCCUCUUCGCCGCCUCGCUCUUCUUCCUCGCUAGGGCCACCGGACGGGCGCUGAGGACCUGGAUCGAGAAGGUUAGGGACGACAGGUUCCUCGAGAACCGCAGACUCAAAAAUUAUGAUCCCCCCGAUGGUCUUGCCGGACGCGCGGAUGCAACGAGCGAUGGGGCUGAAGCGCUGGGUAAAUAA